UAAGGGGCCCGGAGCUCCUCUUCCCGCAGCCGCGGUUCGGUUUUCCGGACACACAAUAGUGGACAAGAGCGAGCUCAGCUGUUGAGCGGGUCCCGGGCGGGUCGGCGGCCGGGAGGCGCGGGGAGCCGGAGGCAAAUCUCCGCAGACCGGCUGUUGGGGGAAAAAAGUGUUAGCCGUCUCUCCCGGAUCUGCGAGGGGGAAAAAUUUGGAACCAUAAAGUUGAAAACUUUUUUCUCUCAGUUUGGAAGAAGCCCUUCAUCAUGAAUGGGAUGCAAGGAGUUCGGGCAAGAGGAGGCGAGAGACGCAAAGGAGGGGAGAUUUCUCGCCUGCCGCUCGCGCUGGGGCUCGAUGUGAAUAUAUAUUAUGUCUGCCUGUUCUCCCCUCGUCGGUGGCUAAGGUCAGACGCUCCGAACAGACCCCGGGAGGAGGGGGGCAGAGAGGGGAGGGGGGGUCCGGCGCCUCACGUGACCCCCAGGGGUGCCAAUGUCCGGUCGUGAGGGUAUCAGGCCCUUGCAAGUUGCCACGCACUGCCCGGGCCUCGCCCAGCGAUGCAGAAAGCCACCUACUACGACAACGCCGCGGCUGCACUCUUCGGAGGCUACUCCUCGUACCCUGGCAGCAAUGGCUUCGGCUACGACGGUGCCCCCCAGCCCCCUUUCCAGGCCGCCACGCACCUGGAGGGCGACUACCAGCGCUCAGCGUGCUCACUGCAGUCCCUGGGCAACGCCGCCCCGCAUGCCAAGAGCAAGGAGCUCAACGGCAGCUGCAUGAGGCCUGGCCUGGCCCCCGAGCCCCUGCCCGCCCCGCCCGGCUCACCCCCGCCCAGCGCCGCACCUACCAGUACCACUAGCAACAGCAGCAGUGGGGGCGGGCCCGGCAAAAGCGGCCCCCCCAAGUGCGGUCCCGGCUCCAACUCCACCCUCACCAAACAGAUAUUCCCCUGGAUGAAAGAGUCGAGGCAAACGUCCAAGCUGAAAAACAGUUCCCCCGGCACAGCGGAGGGCUGCGGCAGCGGCGGCGGUGGCGGCGGCGGAGGCAGUGGUGGUAGCGGCGGGGGUGGCAGCGGGGGAGGGGACAAGAGCCCCCCGGGGUCGACGGCGUCCAAGCGGGCGCGGACGGCGUACACGAGCGCGCAGCUGGUGGAGCUGGAGAAGGAAUUCCACUUCAACCGCUACCUGUGCCGGCCGCGCCGCGUGGAGAUGGCCAACCUGCUGAACCUCAGCGAGCGGCAGAUCAAGAUCUGGUUCCAGAACCGGCGCAUGAAGUACAAGAAGGACCAGAAGGCCAAGGGCCUGGCCUCGUCGUCCGGGGGUCCCUCCCCCGCCGGCAGCCCCCCGCAACCCAUGCAGUCCACCGCCGGCUUCAUGAACGCCUUACACUCCAUGACCCCCAGCUACGAAAGCCCGUCCCCGCCCACCUUCGGCAAAGCCCACCAGAAUGCCUACGCGCUGUCCUCCAACUACCAGCCCCCUCUCAAAGGCUGCGGCGCUCCGCAGAAGUACCCCCCGACCCCGGCGCCCGAUUAUGAGCCCCACGUCCUCCAAGCCAACGGGGGCGCCUACGGGACGCCCACUAUGCAGGGCAGCCCAGUGUACGUGGGCGGGGGCGGCUACGCGGAUCCGCUGCCGCCACCUGCCGGCCCCUCCCUCUACGGCCUCAACCACCUUUCCCACCACCCCUCGGGGAACCUGGACUACAACGGGGCGCCCCCUAUGGCCCCCAGCCAGCACCACGGACCCUGCGACCCCCACCCCACCUACACAGACCUCUCCUCUCACCAUGCGCCUCCUCCUCAGGGUAGAAUCCAAGAAGCGCCCAAAUUAACACACCUGUGAUGGGAGAGGUUGGGCAGAGCAGCAAGGUCAUGGGGUGUGGGAGAGCCAAGAGGGGCAACCUAGAGAUCUGAGACAGAAGGCUGGGAGGUGGUAGCCGUCCUUCCUGGGAAGAACGGGCCCAGACCUCCUUCCCCUCCCCCUGACCUGGGAGGUUGCUUUUUAAGUCCUCCAGCCCUGGUUCCAUCUGCCUGCCAACCCAUUAGAAAGGAAUCCACAGCAGAUUGGAGAUGACCCCAUCAAUCUAGGCCUCCAGCAAUACCCAGUUCAAAUUCCACGCUCCGGAGUAGCGUAGAGGAAGAGGAGUAGAGAAACAAGACAGAGAAGCACACUUUAAAAAACAGACAAGAUGGCUGGGCCAUCACCAACCAACCAACUUACCUUCCGUCUCUGUGGUAAUUCCCCCAAAUCUUGAUUUUUUUUUCCCCUCGCAAUUCUCCUUUAAAAAAUAUUAGAAAAUACAUUUCAAAACCAAGGGCACAAAGCACGCUCCACUCCCAAGUCCCCGAUGCCUCAAAUUUCCUCCCAUCUAUUUGAGGUUAAUUGGGCACUCCCUUUCUAGCCCCAUAUUUUUCUGCUCUAGGACAUUAAUAUUUUUACCCCACCCCCAUCAAUUACAGUUUUCAGAGGGCUCAGGGAUGGUGAGAAAUCCUGAAAGUCAGAGCUGUCUAUAUUAUAAAUAUAUUUUUUUUUCUUUUAUGGAAAAGCUGGAAGGAGAGGGCAAGCAAGUUGUCAGGACUGAAGGUCUGCCCAUUUUGCUGCCUUCCAUCUCAACUCCAAGUACAUCCCCCUCUCCACAGAAAGCGAUCGGUGACACGAGGUUCUACACUUUUCUUUUCUUCUGUUGCUCUCUUGACUUAACGUGAAAACAGGGUAUAUUUUAACAAACUGUCUGUCCUGAGCAGGGGCUGCAGCUGGGCCUGUGCGCCUUGCUCAACCCCCUGACAGGACACUUUUGUUGCACUUAGAGUUUACAUUUUAAUGGAUAUAAAAACAACUGUGAGAGAUGCCUGGGCCUGCAGGAGUCUAGCAUCGCUCAAAAAGUGUGUGUUCUAGUGAACAUUUUCAUAUAUAUUUAUUGGUUAUAGCCUGUUAAGAUAUUUUCUUUUUUGUAUUAUUUAUCCCCUUACAUUAUGUAUUUAUAUGAGGGAAAAAAGGAAAAAAAACCUGUACUUUUUUUAGUAUUUACUUGUUAUAAAGGAUGUUGUGUUUCCUGUCAUGUAAAACCAGCUAUUUUAGUUAUUAUUGUACUCUAGAAAAGAGCUGUAGAUUUAUGUUUAACUCGUACUUAUGAGCAAUUGUAAUUAGUUCUAAAAGGCAUGAGCUCAGCUCCUAAUUGUCACUGUAUAGUCCUGAAUUUGUAGAAUUAGAGUUAAUUCCCUCUUGGAACUUUCUUUGUUCUUCUGUAGUUACUUUUUUCCUUACUUAAAAGGAUUGUCUGUCAAACAAUUCUUGAAUAAACUUUCUGUUAUCAAUUUUAUCUUGUCCUGGUGGUCCAAUUUAGAUAGCAGAGGGAGGCUGCUGACUGCCAGAUUUCCCCCAAGGGAAGAAGGACAUUGAAGCCCCUAUCCUGGCCUUUUUGUUCACUGCUCAGGCCUCUAUCUCCCCUUCCUGUGUCUCAUGUUUAUAUAGUUUUUCUCACUCACACAAGCCUGGAAUAUUCUGCCAAUUUCUUUAGCUAAGAUUUUAGUAACAAGUUGGGGGAGAAGGACUCUUGGGUGCUCUCUCUAGGUCUUUCUGUUUGGCUUCUUUGCCUCUCUGUUUUUCUCAUUCAUUGACCUUUUGUCUUCUCGCUCCUUUGGUCACAACUUCCUUGUCCCGCCCCCCUGUCCCCCCAAAAACAACAACAAAAAUCUAGCCGAAUACUGCUCUUUCCACGCAACCUAAACUUCACAGUUCUCUUCCGGAGCUACAAAGAAGUCGUCACGUGACCCGAAGACCAACCACUAUUGGGUCUAAAAUGAAAACAAAGGAAAAUGAUUAAUCUAAAAAAACAAAACAAACAAAAACAAAAAAAAACCAAAAAAACCCCUGAGGCCUGGACUUCUCAGGUCAAACCUUAAAACUAAAGUGAAAUUAAAUAAUUUUUAAAAACUGAAGCGGAGGGAAAGGAAGCCCGUUUGAUUUCCCCUCCCAGGAAAAGGGGAGAGGAGGUGGGUGGGAGAAGCUGUUGGAUUCAAGCGUAAAUAAAAUAGUCCCCAGGCUAAUGUGCGGCUCUGUUUCCACGAUCCUUGGGAAAACUUCAUUUCUUAGUCGUGGUUCUAUAAAAGUUUUAUCACAUUGGAGCGAGGAUAGAGAGGGUCUGUCAAAGAUGAAAUGUCACCGCCGCGUCGCUGGAGUCGAUAAGAGCGAGGAGACAGGGCGGCUGAAAUAUGGAGCUAAUUCGUUGAAAGAGAAGCGAUGGCUGCUUGCUGAAGAGUUGCAUAAUUCUAAUUGUAAGCGAUGCGCCCGCAUUGCUUAAUUAGGAGCAUAUAUUUGGUGGAAGUGAUGGGGAGGGGGUGUCGGUGAGAAUCGUUGCAGGCCCUCAUCCUUAAAGCGAGGGCUGAUUUUCAUUUUUAUGUUGCAUCCUGGCAGUCCAAGGUUAGUAAUUACAAUCUUUAUGCAACAAUAAAUAACAAUAAAAAAGCAACCUGAGUUCUACCCCCCACCCAUAGGAUUUUAACUGGACUCGGCUCAUCCAAGCAACAAGCAAUUUAGCAUUGGGUCAGGCUAUAAUUUAAAGGCAUAAGAGCGUGCAAAGUUUGAUUGGGAUCAAAUAACGCUCAAGGGUUUUUCUUUCUUUCUCUCUUCCUCUUCCCUGAAUAACAUUUUCUGAAUGAUGUAACUAGAUGAAGCGCCAUGUUUGGCUCUGGGGUGCAGUAGAUUGAUUAUUUAUCUAGGAGAGAGGCAGGCCAAGAGAGAGAAUUUUGCUCGAGUUUGAAAAACAGCUUUGGCUUGAAGCUGGAACUGCAAACAAGAAAAAUAAGAGCUGACUUGGCUUGGUGUCCCCCGCCCUUCUUUCUGCGAGAUUCCAUGCGCUAGUUCAGCAGCCAAAGUCAGGGGGAGAAUAUCUGUGCUAUACGACUCACAGCACAACAGGGGGGGGGGGAAGGGAAGCAGUGUCUCUGGGAAGGAGGGCUCUCUUGGCCCCCCUUUUUUUCUCUUGGCCCCUUUUAACACCCAAGUUUUCUGCUCUUCCUUAAUCUGGCAGUAAAAUCUGUCAGCAGGGUUAGGGAGAGCCGUAUUUCCUGCAGGGACAGUCUCGGCCGGCUGUUGCCGACAGAAGUGCUCGACCCUGCAGCCAGCUGGAGAGCCUGUGAAAAAACUUCCACGGCUUCUCAAGGGGGCGGCCAGAGGAAGAACCGGCUCUCAGGCCUCACUGUGCAACUUCCAGACAACUACUACCCGGAUUCUUCUGUGCCCACCCCCACCCCAUCUCCAAAUAGCAAAAAUGUCUUUCUUCGGAGCUGAGUUGGACAUAACCAUCUCCGGCCAGUUUGCCCAGUUCAGAGCAGUUCUGUCUGUUCUGAGCCCUCCAGAGCCUGCCAGCCCAUGUCUCUGCAGCCGCCACCUCCAGCAUGCUCUCCUUCAGUCCCACCCUUCUCAGACAUCUCUGUCCUUUUUAAAUACUCACCACCACCCACGCGGAUGAAUACUCACCACCACCCAC